AUGUCUAAUGAAACCACAACUACACCAGAGAUAACAGAAGAUGAAAUUAGACCUUUUAUUGAUUCAUUAAAACUUUCAUUCCCUUAUAAAUGGGAAUUGGAGUUUCAUGAAUUCAUACAAAAAGGAUCUUUAAAUAACCCAGUUAUACCCUUAAUUGUUAUUAGUGUAGAUAGAAUGUUAACACCUGAAGAAAGGGCAAUGAUCCCAUCAACAUAUGACAAUAAAGUUAGAAUUCAAAUGGAGUAUGUUAUGACAUUAGACCCAAAUGAUGAAUCAGUUAAAAAAGAAAUGGAAGAAAAUAACAACUCAAAUAGUGCUGGUGAUAUUUUAAUGGAUGAUGAGGAAGAAGAGGAGGAGGAAGAGGAUCUCGAUGAAUAA